UCUGUCGUCUUCGCUCGUUCUGAUCGCGCCUCAAGCAAGAGAGAGAAGUCGAGAAGGGAAAGGCAAUGACGGAGACUAAGAAGCCAGAAACCUCCGUUGGUUCGAUAUCAGUUAUAGGGUCAGUUUUUGUUUAUUUAAUUACUGGAUUGUCUCUGGCCGUCGGAUUCUGGGUGGCCCGGAACAAAUUCUCCGUGGAUCUCGUCUCUGAUCCAUCUCUCACUCUCUUUCUCCUCUGGAGUAUCGAGUUUCCGGUUGUGGUAAUCAUCUACAGCUUUUUCCGAAAAGCCCCAGAGAAACAUUCGUGUUUUAGAGCCUAUGGACGAAGCAUAUUAGGACUCAUUUCUGGGGCUUUUCUGAAUGCUUUGGGAGCAAUUUCUUUGGGUGCACCUAUUGGAACGCAAUAUCUACCAAAAACAGUUCACUGGUCUUUUCUAAUGUCUGUUUUCACGUUUGUACCAGCCACUGCAGUUUUUGGUGCAUCAUGGACAGAUUGGCAUCGUCUAUUCGCUUUGAUGAAACCAAGUGGAAAUGUAGAAUAUAUGAUCUUUAUUCCAGCAUAUGGAUCAAUUAUUGGAGGAUGGUUUGGAGCUUGGCCCAUGCCGCUCGACUGGGAAAGGCCAUGGCAGGAGUGGCCUAUAUGUGUGUGUUAUGGAGCUAUAGGAGGCUAUAUUGGUGGACAAAUUGUCUCCUUGUGUUUGAUGUUUUUCCUCAGGAAAGCCAAGCAUUUGAAGGUAGCCUAAUAGACUGAUGGUGCCUGGACAUGCAGGAUGAGUUUCAGUUUGUUUCCACUUGAUUGCUAGGUUGAGAUGUAACUAUAGGGCAAUGUUUUUGUUCGUUUGAACAGAAGUUUUAUACCUUUUUUUUUCCCAAUGAAGCAAGCAAGUGUUUCAGAAUUGCAAAAUUCUUUUAAGUGAAUGAUGGCUGACUUGAGAGAUUAAAUUCAAAUGUUUACUCUGUUUCUGGAGACCA